AUGCCAUCCCACCAACGGCCGGCUUUUUGGCCUCUGGCCCUUCUUAUAUCGUCUAUACUAUCUAGUUUAAUAUCGUUUGCUGCUGCGUAUACCGUCCCAAUAGUUGAUACAGAUUAUUCUCGCCAAACAUGUAGUGGAAUGUGGGGUGGUCCCUCAGCAUACAUUAAUGUGACUUUCGACAUCGCAUCACAGGGAGACUUGGCAAUGAUUAUAUACGAAUGGACGGAUGUGAAGUAUCUCGGGAAGGAAACUGCUGGAGACCCAGAUGACGAUCUGCCGCAGAAGACAUAUGUUUGCACUUCCAGCGCCGUGUCGGCAGGCUACUGCACACGCGCACAACUAGGGCGUUUUAUUCUCGAUCUCCCAGUGGGUAAAUCUAUAAAUGACACGAGCUUUUGGUCAGCUCGCGUACAACUCCCCGCCAACAAAACUACCUCACCAAAAGCAUCUAAUGGAUUUUGGGACAACCCCGAAGGUAACCCGACUCCCCCAAUUAGCCCAUACGCAUCUCCUUGGCGCCGGGACGUUGACGACGUUGAGCUUGUUGCAAGAUGGCCCAAGACUCCCACAGCCGCCAUUCCUGUAACUGUUCAGGGGUCAACUCGCAGAGCCGAUACAGAUGUUCCAUAUCACCCGUCAUACAAAGGGACAGUUCUCUUCAAAAACACUUUCGACGGAGAACUUCCUGCUACGGAUUACCCCAAAGUUGUCUACUAUCUUUCGGGUCUUGUGGGACUAUUGGUCAUUGAGAUGUUUGCAAAUUGGGUAUAUUACAGAUAUCUCAAUGCACAUGGCAGAUCAACUGCUUCUACUGUAUUCCUCAUUGUCGUGGCAAUUCUUGACGCCGGUCGCAAUUCAAUGUCAUUCUUCAUGCUUUUGGUGGUAUCACUUGGCCUAAGUGUCGUUCGGGAAUCACUGGGACGAACCAUGCUGAAAUGUCAAGCUUUAGCUGUGGCCCAUUUUAUCUUUGGGAUCCUUUAUGCUAUCGGAAUCGUUGAAUUAGAGCUUGAAUCGACAUCCGCGCUCUUGCUUUUGAUGUUCAUCAUCCCCCUUGCGUUCACUCUGAGCGCAUUCCUGCUAUGGAUUAUGUAUGCACUAAAUGCAACCAUUACACACCUCCGUGCAAGGAAGCAACGAUAUAAGCUGUCGAUGUUCCAAAAAUUAUAUUAUAUACUUCUUUUCACGGUUUUUAUCAUCGCCAUAUUCUUUGUGGUCUCAUCCAUGUCAUUCUCAGGGAGAUUGGCAGAAGACUACUCCGCCAAAUCAUGGCGCAUUCUUUUCUCCACAUUGGCUAUGUCAGAUGAAAUUGCACAAGAUGAGGCAGAUGCGGAGGACUACGACCUUGAAGCUAUCCAAAAUCGAGGCCAGAUGCGUGAUGACGAUGACGAUGACGACGCCGCCACCCUUGUGGGUGGCAGGCGUGGCAAUCCCAACCAGGUAUUAACAGAGGACAACGUCGUAUUUGAAAUUGGCGACGAGGAAGAUGACGAGGAGGACUCCAAAAAAAGAAAGAGUACUCGCCUUUCCGGUGAGAAUCAUACAGGUAGUGGGGAAGAGCGGGAAGGCCUUAUGCGUUAG